AUGGCUGCUACUGCCUUCAAACUUAAAGGAAAUACGGAUAAACAUACUAAAGAGAUAUUAGUUAUGGGAUUUACCGGACAAUUAAAAGGAUGGUGGGACAACCUCCUUAGUUCAGAAGAUAAAUACCAAAUAGAUUCAGCCGUAAAAAUAGAAUCUAACGAAGAGAUUUGUGUUACAACCCUCUUAUACGCUAUUACUAAGUUCUUUGUAGGAGAACCCCUUAAACUCCAACAAAGAGCAGCUGACCAAUUGCUAAACCUUUAUUGUCCAACCAUGUCUGAUUAUAGGUGGUAUAGAGAUAUGUUCUUAUCUAAACUAUGUCUUGGGUCGGAUGGUGCGGCAGAUUAUUGGAAAGAAAGAUUUAUUAGUGGUUUACGUAGGUUAUUUGCAAAAAAGGUAAAAAUUAAUAUUAAGCAAAACUUUAAUGGAACGAUCCCCUAUCAGUCAUUAACCAUUGGAAAAUUAUAUAAUUAUGUAAUUGAAACUGGGAUACAAAUUUGUACAAAUUAUAAAUUACAAAAUAAGAUUAAGAAUAAAAAGGCUAGUAAUAGGCGUGAAAUGGGAUCAUUUUGCGAGCAAUAUGGAGCUACUCCUUUAAGAGCUCCGAGUAAGUCCAAGAAUAAAAAACCUGCUAGUAAAGGAAGAAAUAACUUCCGUUAUCAUAAGAAGCAAUUUUACAAAGACAAGCCAGAAUUUUAUAAAAAACCUUACAAGAAAAAUUAUGGUAAGAAACCUUACAGAAAAUAUAAUAAUAAAUCUAAACCCAAGGAUAAAGAUGUUAAAUGCUAUAAGUGUGGUCGUUUUGGCCAUUAUGCUAAUAAAUGUAAGGUUCAAGAAAAAAUUAAUCAACUGAGUAACUUAGACCUUUCAGAAGAGUUAAAAGAAAGCUUAAUAACUACUUUAAAUAACAUCUUGUUAAACUCGAAGGAAGAAGGGUCGUCAACAUCUAAAGAAUCUUCUUACGAAGAAAUACAUCAAAUUGACAAUUCUGAAAAAAUGGAUGAUGAUUUUGAUGAAUGUUUAGGCCUAGAUUUCUGUAGUUGUGACAAUUGCAACAAAAUAAUUAAUGUUUUAACAAAUAAUCAAGCGAAUACUUUGAAAGGAAUAUUAGACAAAAUGGAAAGUUCAGAAAGUAAGAAUGCUUUCAUGAGACAAAUUAAAAUCAUAUUUCCAAAAAGAAUAUUCACAAAGCAGAAUUAA